AAUAUAUAUGGUUGAUGUUCAAUUGCACAGUAGAAAGCAGAUAGCCUAGUGCCUACCCCAGUUUUGAGAUAUGCCCUGUAAUCCUGACCUGCAUGCAUGCUCUGUGUCUGACUAAUGCUCCCAAGAGACAGAACAGAACUGUCAGAUCCGUAGUGCGGCUGUAAGAUCUACGUGAUCUGUCUUCAGUUUUCGUUCUCCGUCCUUCAUACAAUGGCUGCAGCUGAAGGUAUUGGCAACGCCGAUUACAAAUUAGCAACAUCAAUUUACGAUUUUAGAGUGACAGAUAUAGAUGGAAAUCAAGUGUCACUCGAGAAGUAUAGAAAUCAUGUCUGCAUUAUCGUAAAUGUAGCUUCAAAAUGCGGUUACACUCACGUAAACUACACACAACUGGUGGACUUACAGGAAAGAUUCGAGUCCAAAGGUUUAAAAAUUUUGGCCUUUCCUUGUAACCAGUUCAUGUCACAAGAACCUGGCACUAGUGAAGAAAUCAAAUGUUUCAUAUCUGGGUACAAAGGAAAUGGGAAAUUUGACGUAUUUUCCAAAGUUAACGUCAACGGCGAGGACGCUCAUCCUCUCUGGAAAUAUCUCAAAGAAAAACAGGGCGGUUUGCUGAUCGACGCAAUUAAAUGGAACUUCACCAAGUUUGUAAUCAACAAACAAGGACAGCCGGUGGAACGAUGUGCAGCUAACGUCAAUCCUUUUGACAUGGAGAAGUCGAUUGUGAAAUGCUUGAAUGAAUAAAUGGUGAAGCACGUUCA